AUGAGGCUUUUGGUGGUCUCUAUGAUCUUCGGUUUCGACGCACUCUGUAGCCCAGAUGAAUCCUCAACAAAGUCCGCAGACAACAUCUUCAAGAAGUUCCUGGAGGUUGCAGUCAAGGACGAGCACCACAGGCUUCUGCCCAGCAAAGACGGGAAGCAUAGCAUACCCCAUGCCAAGGAUGCAGACCACCCUGCCCAGAAGAAGAAGACAGUAAUAGUUGUCGAGGAAGACUCCGAAAAGAAAAGCGUGAUCUUGAAUCCAAAAAUAGAGCAGAAACUAGAAAGCAUCUCCAUCGAGGCUGAGAAGAAGAACAAAGCAUCUGCAAGCCACAAGGCCCUGAAGGCAACGUCCGAAGACACUCUGAAGCCCGAAAUCCAGUCGGAGCUCACUUUUGAAACCCCCAUAUCUGCAUCAUUCCUUCUCAAGCCGUUGGGCCCGAAAAAGGAGAUAUCCCUCACUCAGGAAGAAGUAAGAGAGAUAAGGGAGGGCCUAAAGGCUCUGGAAAAGAUCUCAAAGGAUUUGGAGUCGCUAAGAAGCAGGCUUCAGUCUGCCUCCAAGAGAAUCCUGGGGCCGGAAAAAGAGGAGAAGGGGGCAAAGCCACCCACAGACCUCCUCAACUAUAACUUCAUAGAAGUCACGGAGACAGGACAGUCGGGAAAGAAAUAG